AUGGCUGGGAUGUCGGCCAAACGGUUACAGAAAGAGUUGGCUAAAAUUCAGCAACCACUUCCUCCAGGCAUCACUCUGGUAUCCGCGCCCGAUCUUAAGCAGUGGGAAAUAGACAUACAGGUGCUGGACAACCCACUAUACAAUCCGGAGGAGAAGUAUCGGCUUAAGUUCAGCUUCUCUCCACAGUAUCCGAUCGAGGCUCCUGAAGUCGUCUUCAUGAAGCUCGCCGACCCGCCCAGGCCGAUACCUAUGCACCCGCAUGUCUACAGCAAUGGAAUCAUAUGUCUAGACCUGCUGGACAAGCAAGGAUGGAGCCCAGUACAUAACGUGGAGAGCAUCAGUUUGAGUUUGCAGAGCAUGUUGGCAAGUAACACGAAGAACGAGCGGCCUCCCGGUGAUGCGGAGUUCGUCAAGUCCAACCGACAGCGACCUCGAGACAUCAGCUUCCUCUACCAUGAUCCGAAUAGGGCCCUAGCUAACCUUCGCUCCUUCACCUCCCCACCGACGCACUGGUACAAAUGCCCGCUCGCGAGAAGGGCAGCAGUCCUGAUACUGCUGUUUGCUGAUGGAAAGGGCGACCUGCGAGUGGUGUUGACGAUAAGAAGUGCUGGUCUCAAGAGCUAUGCCGGACAAGCAGCGCUCCCAGGUGGUAAAUCGGAUCUGCUAUCUGAAACACCUUUUCAGACCGCGCGAAGGGAAGCGUUUGAGGAAAUCGGCCUGCCCAUGAGCGAUCACAAGCUGCCGCCUGGCUACUCAGUAGAGCAUCUUACCGAGCUUCCAGCAAACCUGGCAAUGACAGAGCUUGGCGUGAGGCCUUGUGUGGCAUACCUGAAGACACCGGAACCUUCGCCCAGAAACCAACAUCCGGAUGCUGCGAGGGACAUUUUGCCAAAGCUCGAUGCACGAGAGGUUGCAGCAGUCUUCACUGCACCAUUCAGAAACUUCCUGUUCGAGAAAGACAUAGACGAAGAAACGCGGGAGAAGGUCCCGGGAGAGUGGUACAAAGGCUCCUGGCAUAGUUGGCACGAAAGUGCAUGGCGUAUGCAUCAGUUCUUCGUACCGGUCACACCAUCGACUGUGUUUCUGGCAAGAAAGCCAAAGUCCUACACCGAUCCAAGGCCACCGCAGGAAGUCAAGAGCAGACCGACGACGACUGGUGCGAAGACUCCUGGGUCGAACUCAAAGCAAUCUACGUUGCAGCCACCACUUUCAAGGUCUUUCUAUACCAGCACGAACAAUGCACUGGAGCAGCCCAGGUAUAGAGUAUUCGGGAUGACAGCCAGAAUCUUGGUCGAUGCCGCUCGCGUGGCUUAUGGCGAGGAGCCCGAAUAUGAACACAACAGCCAUUUUGGAGAUGAGGACAUGAUUGCAAGGUUGAGAGCGAUUGGCAGGCUUGCCAGUGAGAGGAAAGAGGGAGACGUGCUGACCCGUGAAGUGAUGAAUAAAGCAGCGAAAGCCACGCCAUCGAAAAUCUAG